AUGUCAUGGACAAGUCUGUCUACUUAUAUUAAGUAUAAUUUGCGAAAUCUCGUCGCUCAUGUCGCCAAGCGAUGUUGUUGUACAACGACUAGUCUGAAGGAUCCAGCCGUUCGCGGAUUCGUCGAAAAGGUAUGCGCAAAUAGUUCCACGGGUCUGGCCGUGGACCCUCCUGUCGUCUGCAAGAUCCGUCUGUGGUUCGAACAGUUUCUUGCCAACGAGCAGUCGCUUGUGGAGUUGGAAACCUUCGCUGCUGAAACGUCAAUUCUGGACGAACUGCUUCGUGAGAAGUCAGUCGACAAUAGCGAUGCGCUAAUCUUAGAGAUUUCUUGUGGAGUUGGAGGUCAAGAAGCGAUGCUAUUUGCAGGCGAACUGUUCAACAUGUACCAGAAAUAUUGCUUUUCAAAAAACUGGACCUUCGAGUUGCUGGAAGUCGGCGAGAGUGACCUCGGUAAGACUUCAUGUUGCAAAUUCAUAAUUAUGUCAUAGAU